UUGAGACGCCUUGUGGCUUUAAUUAAUAACUCAAUAAUUAUUGGGAAAAUCGAAAAACGGUAUGGGAUAUUUUUUGUCCAUUUUAAUGUUCUAUGCCCCCCAUUGCGGUUUUUAUCCAUUUCCUGGGAUACUCUGUAUAUGUGUGUGUACCUAUAUAUAUUAUACAUUGAUUGUGUUUUUAGAUUCGUACGAACAAGCUUUAAAAAAGGAGAAGAGAUUAACGGAGGAAAAGAGUAAUACUGGAACAGAAGUUCAGUUAGGUCGUGGGCAAAGAAGAAAAAAAAAGACAUAUCGCAUGUCACAAGCAAAAGACAAUUGUAACGAUUCGAGUGAGAUGGAGCAGGAAGCCAGCAGUGAUAAUGAUUCCAUUCCUGAAUUAAAUCAAAUAGUACAUGAGCAAGAUGUUUAUGCAAGUGAAAACAUCGGUAAUAAUGACGUACAUGUACUUGAUAUUGACACUUUACCUGUUGUUGUGCAGGAAGAAAAAGAUAUUCCAACAAACAAUCACAGUAAGUUGUAUGUUUAUAUUUUACAUUCACAUUUCUAUUAGCUAAAACAAAAAU